AUGAAGAAGGCUCUCAAUACUGCUUUGGAUUUUAGUUGCGAACAAGAAUUGAUUGAUAUGGUUACUCAUUUUGUUAAACAAAAAAAGUUUGAACUUGAGAAUAUUAACAAUGAAGAUACUCAUUUUGGUCAACCUGAAGAGGUGGUUAUUAUAAAUCCUCUAGUUAUAAAGCAUUAUAGACAACCAGCAACAAAACAUUUAAAAAGUUCUUCAGAGAUGCAAAGCCAUAAAGAACCAGCACAUAAUCAUAGUGCAAUUAAUUUCCAGGAUCCUAAUUUGAGAGUUCCUUUGUCAAUUGUUAAUUUAAACUCAAAUAGUAAUAAUUCUGUAGACAACAACACAGAAGAUUAUAAGAGAAAAUAUGUAUGUAACACAUGUAGUGAGACAGGUCAUAAUGCACAUACAUGUAAACAGCAAGAAUAG